AUGGAGUUCGACGCCGAGUCUCCUCUUCCCCCUUUUCUUUGGCCAGAGGGAGACUUUGGCUUUUGCGCGUCUGCUGGAAAGCCUCCACUGGCUAACCCUAAAAGACGGGCUUGGCCGUAUUUUGCUUCUAUAGCUGUAAGUAUUUUCAGGGCAUUCCGUUGCUGCCUCUGGAGUGUGAUUCCAAUGAGCGUCAUCCUCGGGAAGACCUCUGACUUGGCAGCUGGCCUGAAGACCUCCGCAGUGUCCUUUGAGGAGGUGGCCGUGUUCUUCACGGAGGAGGAGUGGGCUCUGCUCAGUCCAGACCAAAGAAAACUCUACUGGGAAGUGAUGCAGGAAAAUUACGAGACUGUAGCUUCCCUUGUAACAGAAGGGAGUGAGAAGGAACCAGGAAGGGUGAUUGUGGAAGGAAACAAAGAUCUGCAUGAGGAUGUGAAAUCUGGGGGUCAAGUGGUACCAAAGAAACCAUGUAGAAGAGAAAGGGAAGCAAAACAGAAGCAGAGGAAGGAAUUGGUUGCCUGUCAGGGCAGGAAUAAGCCUGAGAUCCCAGCCCAAGAUGAAAUACAGAACAGAAAGAAAAAUCAGAAGGGUUCCAUGAUUGAGAAAGAGUUCAGCUUUAAAUUCAGUCUGAAAAUACAACAGAUGAUUACAACAUGCUGGAAAACAUAUAAAUGCUUCCUGUGUGGAAAAAAGUUCCCUUGGAGUGGUGACCUAACUGCUCAUCAAAAAGUGCACAUAGGAGAGAAGCCACAUAAAUGCUUGAAGUGUGGAAAGAGCUUCUCUCGCAAUUCCACCCUUACUGCGCAUCAAAAGGUCCACACAGGGGAGAACCCAUAUAAAUGCUUGGAGUGUGGAAAGAGCUUCUUUGACAAUAGCUGCCUAACUAGACAUCGAAGGAGUCACACAGGGGAGAAGCCAUAUAAAUGCCUGGAAUGUGGAAAGAGCUUCUCUCGCAGUAGCAUCCUAACUGCCCAUCAAAAGGUUCACACAAGGGAAAAUCCAUAUAAAUGCUUCGAGUGUGGGAAGAGCUUCUUUCAAAAUGAUGACUUAAAUGCACAUCAAAGGAUUCACAUAGGGGAGAAGCCAUAUAUAUGCUUGGAGUGUGGAAAGAAUUUCUCUUAUAAUAGCCAGCUAACUGCCCAUCAAAGGAUUCACACAGGGGAGAAGCCAUAUAAAUGCUUGGAGUGUGGAAAGAGUUUCUCUUAUAAUAGCAACCUAACUGCCCAUCAAAGGAUUCACACAGGGGAGAAGCCAUAUAAAUGCUUGGAGUGUGGAAAAAGCUUCUCUUGCAAUAGCAACCUAACUGUGCAUCAAAUGGUUCACACAGGGGAGAACCCAUAUAAAUGCUUGGCGUGUGGAAAGAGUUUCUCUGACAAUAGCUGCCUAACUAGGCAUCGAAGGAUUCACACAGGGGAGAAGCUGUAUAAAUGCCUGGAAUGUGGAAAGGGCUUCUCUCGCAAUAGCAUCCUAACUGCCCAUCAAAAGGUUCACACAAGGGAGAAACCAUAUAAAUGCUUGGAGUGUGGAAAGAGCUUCUCUGAAAAUAGUUGCCUAACUAGGCAUCGAAGGAUUCACACAGGGGAGAAACCAUAUAAAUGCUUGGAGUGUGGAAAGAGCUUUUCUCAGAACGGCCACCUAACAGCCCAUCAAGAGAUUCACACAAGGGAGAAGCCAUACGAAUGCCUGGAGUAUGGAAAGAAGUACUGCCAGAGCCAAAGCCUUACUUUACACCACAAGAUGCACACGGGGAAGAGCCAUACGAUCAACCAAGUUUCCGCACUUUGUCUGAAGAGGAACUCUGUGGGCGCCAUGAAGUUCAAUGGAGAGUCUCCUCUUCCCCCUUUUCCUUGGCCGGAGGGAGACUUUAGCUUUUGCGCCUCUGCAGGAGAGACAUCCCCAGUGUCCUUUGAAGAGGUAGCUGUGUUCUUCACGGAGGAGGAAUGGGAUCUGCUGGAUCCAGGCCAAAGAAAACUCUACUGGGAAGUGAUGGAGGAAAAUUACCAGACGGUGGCCUCCCUUGUUGCAGAUAGAAGGGAGAUGGAAAGUGAGAAAGAACCGGGAAGGGCGAUUGUGGAAAGAGAGGAAGAUCUGCAUGUGGAAGCGAAAUCUGGAGACCAAUUGGUACCAAAGAGGCAAUGCAGAGGGAAAAAGGGAACAAAGCAGAAGCAGAGGAAGUCAUUGGUUACCUGUCAAAGCAGGAAGAUGCAGGAGGCCCCAGAUGAAAUACAGAUAAGAAAGAGAAAACAGAAGCGACUUGUGAUUGAGAAAAGGUUCAACUGCAAAUUCAAUCUGAAAAAAUAUCACAAUGUUACAACAUGCCAAAAGAGAGAUAAAUGCUUGGAGCGUGGAAAGAGCUUUUCUCAGAUGGAAAUGGAAGCAAAGCAGAAGCAGAGGAAGGAAUCGGUUGCCUCUCAGAGCAGGAAGAUUCAGGAGGCCCCAGCCCAAGAUGAAAUGCAGAUGAGAAAGAGAAAGCAGAAUGGUCCCAUGAGUGAUAAAAGGUUCAGCUGUAAAUACAGUCUAAAAAAAUAUCACAAUGUUACACCAUGCCAGAAAAGAUAUAAAUGUUCAGAAUGUGGAAAGAGCUUCUCUAAGAGUGACCACCUAACUACACAUCAAGUGAUUCACACAGGGGAGAAGCCGUAUAAAUGCUUGGAGUGUGGAAAGAGCUUUUCUCAGAAAAGCAAUUUAACUGUGCAUCAGAGGUUUCACACAGGGGAGAAGCCGUAUAAAUGUUUGGAAUGUGGAAAGAGCUUUUCUCAGAGUAGCCACCUAACUACUCAUCAGAAGGUGCACACAGAGGAGAAGCCAUAUAAAUGCUUGGAAUGUGGAAAGAGCUUUUCUCAGAGUAGCCACCUAGCUACUCAUCAGAAGGUGCACACAGAGGAGAAGCCAUAUAAAUGCUUGGAUUGUGGAAAGAGCUUUUCUCACACUAGCAACCUAACUGUGCAUCAAAGGAUUCACACAGGGGAGAAGCCGUAUAAGUGCUUGGAGUGUGGAAAGAGCUUUUCUCAGAAAAGCAAUUUAACUGUGCAUCAGAGGUUUCACACAGGGGAGAAGCCAUAUAACUGCUUGGAUUGUGGAAAGACCUUCUCUUUGAGUACCUCUCUAACUACGCAUCAAAGGAUUCACACAGGGGAGAAGCCGUAUAAGUGCUUGGAGUGUGGAAAGAGAUUUUCUCGAAAUUACCAACUGACUGUGCAUCAAAGGAUUCACACAGGGGAGAAGCCAUAUAAAUGUUUGAAAUGUGGAAUGAGCUUUUUUCGCAAUGGCAGCCUAACUGCACAUGAAAGGAUUCACACAGGGAAGAAACCAUACAAAUGCUUUGAGUGUGGAAAGAGCUUUUCUCAGAGUAGCAACCUAACCGCACAUCAAAGGAUUCACACAGGGGAGAAGCCAUAUAAAUGCUUGGAGUGUGGAAAGAGCUUUUCUCACAAUGGCAACCUAACUGCUCAUCAAAUGAUUCACACAGGGGAGAAGCCAUAUAAGUGCUUAAAGUGUGGAAAGAACUUUUCUCACAAUGACAGCCUAACUAAACAUCAAAGGAUUCACACAGGGGAGAAGCCAUAUAAAUGCUUGGUGUGUGGAAAGAGCUUCUCUUUGAAUCCCAAUCUAACUAUACAUCUGAGGAUUCACACAGGGGAGAGGCCAUAUAAAUGCUUGGAGUGUGGAAAGAGCUUUUCUCACAAUAGCAGCCUAACUGCGCAUCAAAGGAUGCACGGGGGAAGCCAUAUAAAUGCCUGAACUGUGGAAAAACUUCUCUGUGACUGGUUCCCUAAAAACACAUCAAAGGAUUCACAGAGGGGAGAAGCCAUAUAAAUGGAGUGUAGAAAGAACUUCUCUAAUCCUAGCGCUAUAAGCAUCCGUCAAAGGAUUCACUAAGAGAAAAAGUUGUAUGAAUGCUUGAAAAGUUAAAAGAACUGUGUUCAUAGCCGCUGUGUUUCCUUCCACCAAAAGAAGACCAUCUAAUCACACAUCUUUUUUCACAUCAGUCUUGCAGCAUUUUGCUCAUUUAGUCAAAAGGAGUAUGGAUUACCACUUGGAUUUAUUCUUUUUUAUUAUUUGUUUUGUAACAUUUGCCAAUUUUAUUUUUAGGUAGCUUGAUACUUUAGAUUCUCUUACAUGGUUUUAUGUCUAUUGCUUCAAUUUUGCUUGUCUUUUGUGUCUCAGUGUGACAGGAAUAUCAUCCCUGAUUUCAAUGCAGUUGAUGAUGGGUGGGUGAAAGGGGGCCGGGCAUUGCCACCUGGUCUACACCUGAUCCUGGCUGGAUGAAGAGAGGGUGGGCAUUUCUGAGGAAUAUGGAUUUGAAUAAAGGGAUUUCAUAUACCACUUCUGUGCCUUUCAGUAUUAUAUGCACUUUUUCUAUGCUCAGGAGCCAUUGUAGUAUUUGUAAUGCAACCUGCAAAAAUAUGACACUUGGAGAAGAGGACCAAAAAGAUGAAUGUACGUUAAACAUGUUAAAUUCUUUAAGAACUGAGAACUAAACAAUAUACUGCUUGCAACAUGAUGUAGAGAUGCACCUGUAGAGGUGUCACACAAAUGUUAUAUUAUUCUAUAUGAUUCUAAUAGGAUUUAAUUCCAAAGAGCUCUUUGUAAGAACUGGUUGAUGUAGCAAACUAGGUCAGCCAGUUUUAGCAGCGUCUCUCUCAAGGCUGGGAAAGAGAGAAACUGCAGAAGUGGGGGAACGUUCCUUCCCACCCACAGAUCGCAGCCCUCUGAAAGCCCCAGGGUUGCCAAAGAAGAGACUUCAGGGUGCCGUUAAAAGUAACAUUGGCAAAAGGAGGGGGCAGAAGUAGGCCCACGAGAGGAGGUGGGCAAGAGAAAGGGGGAAGAUGUUCUUCCAAAAGGAACAGGCCGAAGGACAGGUAAGGAAAUUGCAAUCUUGCAAUUUCUCCAAUUAGGUGGCUGACCUAAGCUUGCUUCUUCCAGUCAAACUAAUCCUAGACACUUGUGUCAAGACAGGAGGUCCUCUUUCUAUGCCAAUGGGGGACCUCUGCAUUCUGCGAGCCAAUAAGAUAACUAAUAUUAUAAUUAACCUAAAGGUAUCAAUUGCUUUGCACUUCUAUUGUAGCUUUGAUGAGCACUGGGCACGAGGGAACCCUUUACUCCCUGUGUAAAGGGAGCUCAUCCAUUGCUUAAUUAAACAACCUAUUUUGCUUCAAUUCAA